AAGCACAUCUGAGUGGGCGCAGAUUGCCGAUGGAUUUGCCGCACAGUGGCAGUUCCCAAACUGUUUGGGAGCAGUUGACGGAAAACAUGUUGCCAUAAUUGCUCCUCGGAAUUCUGGCAGCUUGUACUUCAACUAAAAGGGCACCUUUUCUGUGGUACUGAUGGCUGUUGUUGACAGCAACUACAAGUACAUCAUGAUAGAUGUUGGAGCAGAAGGCCGUCAUAGCGAUGGUGGCGUCUUCCAGAACUCCACAUUUGGAAAAGCCCUUCGACAAGAGCGCCUCUCUGUGCCUGCUUUUGCUAGACUUCCUGGAACAACGGCCACUCUUGCACCUUUCACCUUCAUUGGGGACGAGGCAUUCCAGCUGCGCAGCGAUUUUAUGCGUCCAUUUCCAGCAAAGCAGCUGAAUGAUGCACGAAGGGUGUUCAACUACCGACUGAGCCGAGCACGGAGGUGCGUGGAAAAUGCCUUUGGCAUCACGGCAGCCCGGUGGCGCAUACUCCUCCGAACCAUCCCUUUGCAGCCUGAGAAUGUUGACUUUGUCAUCAAAGCAGCUUUCAUCUUCCACAACUUCCUGUCCAUCCUUAAUCCAGACGUGCAUCAUUUCACAGACAGGGAGGACAGUUUUGGGAAUGUUGUGCCGGGACACUGGCGGCAAGGCAUGCCAAGGGAUGGCUCGGAGCAGGGCUACUUUCCACUUCGCACCACACGUGCCAGAAACUUUGAAGCUAGAGCUGCGGAUGCCAGAAAUCUUCUGAUGGCGUACUUCUGCAGCAGUGCUGGUGAGGUCCCCUGGCAGUGGAACCAACCUGGUGUGUCAAAGGAAGCAGCCGUGAAGCAGCUCCAUGACCUACAGCUACUUCCACUCCAGUGAUGUAAGUCAUGCAAGCAACAAUGGCAGGCA